AUGAUUAUCUUUUCAGGUCAAGUUAGUGCGGUGCAAGUGACCAUCCCACAUGGUGUCCUGAAUGUGACUGUUGGAUCUAAUGUCACUCUCAUCUGCACCUACACCAGCACUGUGGCCUCCCGGGACAAUCUUUCCAUCCAGUGGUCCUUCUCUGAUAAAAAGGAGUCACAUCCAAUAACUAUUUACUAUUCUGAAGGUGGACAAGCUGCAUCCAGCGGGCAAUUUAAAGAUCGAAUUGUAAUGUCUAAUAAGCCAGAUAAUGCAUCCAUCACUAUUUUGCAUGUGCAACCAGAAGAUAGUGGUAUCUACACCUGUGACGUUAACAACCCCCCAGAUGUUGGCGGCAACAAUCAAGGCAUUCUCACAGUCAGUGUGUUAGUCAAACCUUCUAAGCCCUUUUGCAGCAUUCAAGGAGUACCAGAAACUGGCCGACCUAUAUCUCUUUCUUGCCUCUCGGUGCUUGGAACACCUUCCCCUGUGUACCACUGGUAUAAAUUUGAAGGAAGAGACAUCAUCCCAGUGAAAGAAAGCUUUGACCCAGCCACCGGAACUUUGGUUUUUGGAAAUCUGACCAAUUUUGAACAAGGUUAUUACCAGUGCACUGCAAUCAACAUCCUUGGCAACAGCUCCUGUGAAAUUGAUCUUACUGUAUCAUAUCCAGAAGUUGGAAUCAUUGUUGGGGCCUUGGUGGGUUCCCUAGUGGGUGCUGCCAUUAUCACCUCUGUGGUGUGUUUUGCAAGGAGCAAGGCAAAGGCAAAGGGGAAGGAAAGGAAGAGAAAUUCUAAAACCACCACAGAACUCGAACCAAUGACAAAGAUAAACAGAGGCACAGAGUUCGAGACAAUACCAUCUGAAGAUGUUAUCCAACUAGAAGCGACACUGCAAUCUUCCUUCCAUGAAACUGACCCCAAUACCAUUCUGGAGCCAGAUCAUGAGUCUCUCCCCAAGCCUGAGCCUUUCCUGGAGCCUGCCCAGGAGCCUUCCCCAGAACCUGAGCCUGCCCAAGUACCUGAGCUUGAAAUCAAGCUGGAACCCGAGCCGGAGCCCGAACCUGAGAUUGUGGUUGAGCCCUUGUGUGAUGAGGGAAAAAAAAAUGAAUAA